UAGAGGUGGAGUUCUUUUUUCUUGCCAGGGAUAAAAGUUUUGAAGCAACAGAGAGCUCUUCCAGAGGGAAGCUGACACUGAUACUACACUGACAAUAACUCUAUCCAGUCAGCCACGAUAUAUUGCACUCAAUGCAGCAGUAGCUGAAGUUUUUUUUCUCUUUGAGGCAACACAAGUGACAAUACACUAAAGGCUGAGAAGUAACAAGCAGAGUGGACUAGAACACAACAGAGGCCAGUAAAAUGCAGGAUUAUGAGGCAUCCAUCUCGUUUCUGGGGACGUGGGGCCGGUUUCAGAUGAAAGUCUUCUUCUUGCUGUGUGUCACCUGUCUUCCUGCCGGGUACAACAUCCUGUCUGUCAUCUUUCUGCUGGCUAGCCCCCCACACCAGUGUUACAUCCCAGUGCACAGGAAUCUGAGCCAGGACUGGAUGCAGGCCAGCAUCCCACUGCAGGUGGCCGGGCAGCUGGAAAGAAGCAGUUGUAGCCGGUAUGAGCUGGACCUGGUGCAAAACCUGUCUGAGCUGGGAAUCAGACCCAACCUAGGCCAGAUCUACAACUAUUCUGCACUCGGAGCAAGUGCAGGGGUCAUGCUGUCCAGCCUGAAGCAGGAGGAGUGCAAAGAUGGAUGGAUCUACAGCACAGAGCACUACGAGUCGACUGUAGUCACUGAGUUUAACCUUGUGUGUGGCAACCGGUGGAAACAGCCACUGACCUCUCUCAUCUACUUUCUGGGAGGACUUUGUGGCUGUUUCCUCUCUGGACAGAUAUCUGACCGUUUUGGCAGGAAGCCUGUUCUCUUUGGUGCGAUUGCCACACUUAGUAUCUUCAGCCUUGCUUUGAAAUUUGCUCAGUCCUGGACCGUCUUUACUGUGCUCUUCUUCAUGGUUGGCAUGGGUCAGCUCACCAGCUACAUAGUUCUGUUUGUACUGGGUUCAGAGAUCCUUGUUGGCUCAUCUAGAGUUCUCUACUCCAGCAUGUGUUUACCUUUCAUGUAUGUAUUUGGUAUGAUGCUGCUUCCUGCUACUGCCUACUUGGUCAGGAACUGGAAACACCUGUCGCUGUUAAUGGCCAUGCCUGGGCUGGCCAGCCUCCCCCUCUGGUGGCUGAUUCCAGAGUCUCCUCGCUGGCUAGUGUCUAAAGGCCGUUUGCAGGAAGCAGAACUCUUGUUAAAGUCAGCGGCUCUGGAGAACGGUGUGGAAGCUCCUCCUGUUAUCUUCCUCUCUGCAAAUGUUCAACAGUCUGAUAGCAAGAAGGGUGAAACCCUCAAUUUCCUGGACCUCCUAAAGACCAAAAGCAUUCGAAGUGUAACACUCAUACUUUGGUUUCUCUGGCUUUCUACGAAUGUGACCUACUUUGGAUUGUCAUUCAAUAUGUCUACCCUCUAUGGCAACCCCUUCCUGAAUUACUUCUUGCUGUCAGCCGUUGAGCUACCAGCAUACACUGUCAGCUCGCUAAGUGCAUGCAGGCUUUCCCGCCGCCUGUCUUUUAUCAGCUUCUCCCUGCUGGGGGCGCUAGCACUCUUCCUCAUCCAGGUCACUCUGCACAGCCAUCCAGCUCUCACCCUGUUCCUGGUGCUGCUGGGUAAAUUUGGCGUUCUGGUUGGCACGGGCAUUUUGUAUAUGUUCACUGGAGAGCUCUCUCCCACAGUCAUCAGAAAUACAGUGAUGUCAUCCUGUGCCAUGCUCUCCAGAGUGGGGUCCUCUGUUUCCCCAUACCUACUGCAGCUGGCUGUGUUCUACGAGUUCCUGCCGUGGAUGCUUGUGGGUUCUCUGUCACUUGUCAGUGUCGUGCUCUGCUUUUUUCUUCCGGAGACCUUCAGAGAGCCGCUUCCCGACACCAUCGAUCAGAUGCAAGCAAUUCAGAGAUUCAGGUGGCCGUGUGCCUUCAAGCCACCCCAGAAGGAUGACAUGAAAUCAGCUAAAGACCAAACUUCUCUGCCUGAGAUCAUCUGUUCAACGCGCUUUUAAGACUUCGGACACAGAAAUGGAUGAAGCUGCCUUCACCAACGCUACCACCAACACCAGAAUGUGAAACAUUAGACCUUAGUCCACUCUGACAGGAUAGUUGUGCUGUUUUCUGUCUCCAUCAUCUUCAAAGACUGUGAGAGAAACCGUAGAACUUCCAGCGAUACAACAGCUUCUCUUUCCACAUUACAGAUGAGAACAAGGGGAGCUAAUACACAAUGAGUGUAUUUUUUUUUUUUACCUUUUAAAAGCAAAGGGGGGUAAAAAGUGAUCUGUUUACCACGAUGAAGGUCAAGUUUAGUGUUUUUCCUCCAUCGUUUGAAACACCUGUGCCUUUGAGAUAAACAUUAUUGUCAGUCAUAUGAACAUGAAUGUGUUUAAGAAAUAAAGAUCACAAAAUAUACAUUUCAGAUGAAGAUUUAGUUGCUAGAUUGCAAUUUUUUUGUAUUUCAGUCAUUAAGAACAGAGUUCUUGGUUCAGUCCAGCAAGACAUAUUAUCAGAAAAUGACAUUAAAACUGCUCAGACACAAAUAGCAAUUAGCCACUGGGUAUGCACUCAUUGGCCACUUUGUUAGGUACACCUGUUCAAUUGUGCGUUAAUGCAAAUAUCUAAUCAUCCAGUCAUAAGACACCAACUCAGUGCAUUUAAGCAUAUAUACAUGGUCAAGACGGUCUUCUGACAUUCAGACUGAGCUUCAGAACAGGGAAGAAAGGUGACUAAAGUGACUUUGAAUCUGGUGUGUUGUUGGUGCCAAACUAGCUGGUCUGAGUAUUUCAGAAAUUUCUAUUGUAGGUUCUCUGCCUUACAACAUAAAGGCCUUUGAGUUGGCUGCUAUUUAAAUUAAACUGAAUUGAACAGUAAUUGCUGAUUUACUGGGAUUUUCCUGCACCACUAUCUCUUGGGAGUCUAGAAAAUGGUCCAAAAGAGAGAAAAUAUCCAGUUCUCUGGAUGAAAAUACCAUGUUGUUGCCAGAGGUCAGAGAAGAAUAACCAGGCUGCUUUGGGCUGAUAGGAAGGCAACAGUAAAUCACUUGUUACAACAGAGGUGUGCACAAAAAUCACACUGAACCUUGACGCAGAUGAGCUACAGCAGCAGAAAACCUCAACAAGUUCCAUUCCUGUGAGCUGAACAGGAAACUGAGGCAACAGUUUGCACGGAUUUAAAAUUGGACAACAGCGAGGGCCCAUCCUGUCUUAUUUGAAUGGUUCAGGCUUGGUAAUUCCAAAUAAGUGAUCCCAAAUGGGAAUUUUAAACUGUAACAUUUGUGCAGUAAUUUAAAUGAAUCAUCUUCAAUCCUCUUUCUAAUGUUUUGGCAAAACAAAGUACAAAGAAUAGAGCUUUUCCACAGCAGUCAUUUUGACACUUCAUAUUAAACACAGGUGUUUAGUUAGAUUACUUUAGGCUCUGAAUAGAUCAGAACUGUCAUUCAAGUCAACUGUAAGGCCAAACUGAGCAGCAUCAGCUUCUAAACUAUGACAUAUCUGUAACUGAUGACAUGAACUGUACUACAGCACAGCUCCAUCUGUCCUCAGCGGCAGCCACAACGUCACCAAAUUGAAAUAACCCGCAUGUAUUCUUUAAUAGAAACAUGUUCCUGGUAUCAUAGAAACUCGACAACACCACAAAUCAACAAACAUUUACACAGAGACUCGAGACUUUACCUUUUCUCUCUUAACAUGUAAUAAGUGAAUCGUGAAAGCGCCUACUGUACAUGUUUUGUUACUUAUUCAGUUUUAAUGAGUAACAGCAGUCACUUCAGCUUCUUAUGUAACGACUCCACAGCAACUCAAAUCAAUGAACUUUUACACAGUUUCACAUAAUAGUUAAUUGAGAAGUUUGUUCUUCAUUGUUCUCACAUGUUUCUGUGUGUUUGAAACUUUGUAUUGUCCUUCAAAACAUAAGGGACAAAGAGAAAAUUAAGGAUUCAAAUUGUUUUGACUACAAAACAGGACUUUAUCCUUCCUCUUUCAAUAUGUGAAACAUAAAUUCACCUGUUUUCUUUGGUUUUAACUUGUUCUACAUGUUUGUUUGUUUUGUUUUGUUUUUUUAACUUAUUCAGUUUCAAGGUUCUUUAUCAAACUUUGUGUGGGAAUUUGUUCCUCUUAAAUAAUGUUUAAUCCACAAAUAAAGACUCCAUGACAACUCA